AUAGUUCUGCUAAUGGAUUGCUUUCCCUCUGCAACCAACUUUAGCUCAUCAUUCAUUGAUGGGUCGUCUUCUUCUUCUUAUUCUUUGACAACCAACACCAAAGAGAAGACGAUCAAGGUAAGCAAAAAGGGCAAAGGAGCCGUAAAACUAUCGACCGAUCCGCAAAGUGUGGCGGCUAGAGAGAGGAGGCACCGUAUAAGCGACCGGUUCAAGAUCUUGCAGAGCAUGGUUCCCGGUGGGACGAAGAUGGACACCGUCUCGAUGCUCGAUGAAGCCAUCCAUUACGUAAAGUUCCUCAAGACUCAGAUAUGGCUUCAUCAAGCCAUGAUCAAUGAGUGCCCGUCUCUCUUCGUUCCGUCCCGAUCUUUUCCGGUCGGAGCGAAUGUUUACCCGUCGUUAAACCCUAGUGAUCUAAACCCUGCAAUGCUGCAAUCACAGGUGCUGCCAUUGCCUGAUCCUUGCUUCCAGGGUCAAUACCAACAAAACUUGCCUUAUGACGUGUUCGAGCUGUGGUCAUUGCUAGAGUUCAUGAUUCCUGAUCUCUUUGCCACUAAGGAUGUGGACUUGAAGAAGCUACUAAAUGUAGAAGACAGGGAGUUGGUUGGUCGUAUGAAGUCCAUUAUGGGACCAUUCAUCUUGAGGCGUCUGAAAUCGGAUGUUAUGCAACAACUUGUCCCAAAUAUGCAACGGGUUGAUGUUGAGUAUGUAAUCAUGGAGAAACAACAAGAAGAUGUAUAUAGGGAAGCCAUAGAGGAGUAUCAUACAAUUUCACAAGCACGCAUAACCAAGCUUUCAGAGUCUUACAUCAAUAAUAUUGUUGGAAUUCUUCCUCGACGUCAGAUCUCAAACUACUUUGUUUAG